UCCUGUUCAACUCUUAACUCUUUGCUAUAGACAGUGGUCGUUCGAGAAAGUUACAUUGUCACAUAGGCCUUCUGCGUAGGGUGUGAAAGACUUUGCGGUUCUCCUUUUCCGACACCGCGCGGAGGUGCUGCGGGGGACCUUUUCCCCAUAUCUGGGGUUCAUUUGGACCAUGGCCAACAACAGGCUAACGAACGUGCGAUGUGCCUAUUUCUACUUCUUCUUAGCCGUAUGCGACCAGUUCACCUGUCUGGGGAGUUUUGCAGCUGGACAAGAAAUUUCUAGAGUUCGGACUCGUAACAGAAAUAGGACCUACGUUUCGUCAAUCAGAGUUAAAUCGUCAAACAUCAGUGCGACUAGUGCAAGAUGUCGAAGAAGGUGGCCUUGAUCACUGGUGGAGCCUCAGGCAUGGGCCUCGAAGUAGCAACCCGCCUCUCCAAACUCUCUGCCUGGGAAAUCCACAUCCUCGACCUCCCCGGCUCUCCCGGCUCCUCAGUCGCUUCUUCCCUGGGCGCCACGUUCCACCCCUCCGACGUAACCGACGAACCCGGUCUCAACCAAAUCUUCAAGACUGUUUACUCCAGGAACGAAAGACUGGAUUUUGUAUUCGCGAAUGCUGGGAUCGCUGAGCAUGCGAACUUCUUCGAAGAGCAGGAUAUCGACGGCGAUGUGAAGCUACCCGUAAAAGGGCUACACGCGCUCGUCGACAUCAACUUAAAGAGCGUUAUUACCACGAGCUACCUCGCGCUGCAGUACAUGCGCCACAGUCGCGGAACCGACAAGUCGCUCGUGAUAACGGCGAGUUGCGGCGGCCUCUACCCAUCGUACUACUCUCCCAUCUACACCGCAACCAAACACGCCGUCGUCGGCCUCACGCGCUCCAUCGCGCCCUACUUCCACACCCGCGCUGGCAUCCGCGUAAACUGCAUCUGCCCCGGCACCGUCAAAACUAACCUCCUCACCUCCGCCGAAUGGGCCAACUUCCCGGAGGAGUACUUCACGCCGGUCCACAAGAUCGGGGAGGUCGUCCUCAUGCUUAUCGAUGGCAAGGACAACGGGAAGGGCGAGGUGGGGCGCGAAGUCGAGGAGGGUAGUGUAGAGAAGUUGCUGGAGAAGGGGAUGUAUGGGCGGGCGGUGGAAGUUAGUGGGCGGAGGCAUUAUUACAGGGAGAUGGUGGGGUACGCGGAUGAGGCGAUGAGUGCAGUUAUGGGGGCGACGAAUAUUGAGGUGCUGGAGGACGCCGUGGAGAGGACGCCGUGAGGGUGUAGGAAAAGGCGGGCGGGUGGGUAGCGUAGCGUUGGAGUCUUGGUGUGGAUAUGUAAGUUGGCACAUCGAUGGCCAUCAUCAACGGCUCUCUAAGGGGGUUGACUUCUUUCAAGUCGAGAAGCCUGUGUAUGGAGUGUUUCCUCAGAGCAUACCAUGAACAGCGCAAGUGUACUGUUCAUCGAAAGGACUGUGUGGUGGAUUGAAGCUGAAGAGAUCGGGCGGGUCGUUUCGUUUCGUGUGGGUAUCACGGGCUGAGGUUGUUGGCUAGAAUGGUGCCAUUCUAUGACUGCAC